UCUCAGCUCCCAAGCCUGCCUACACAAUGCUCAAGGAGGCCACGGCGGAGUGCUCGCGCAAGCAGGAGGUGCUGGACAAAGCAGCUCGUGCUGUCGAGUACGAGCGCGUGGGCAAGACUCCCGACAAGGCGCCUGAGGGUAUCACGUUUGCCGUGGACCCUGCCCUGUUCGAGUCCCUCGGCGAGUUGGAGCCGACCGAUAAGACGGCGCCCGAGACCUUCCAGAAACAGCUGGAGGACAUCUCGAGGCAAGCGACCGAGAAGCAGAAGGAGUGCCAGGCGCUCCUCGACCAGGCGAAGAGCGCACACAAGGAGGCUGCCACCAACCGGCUUCGCCGUGGUGAGGGAGGUGCCGCGGUCCGCGGCGAAGGGGACUCUGGCGCACCCCCGCCCACCGAGGCGGGCGGCGCAGCUUCGGCUUCCUCGGCCGCGGCUGCGGGCCAGGGUCCCAGCGCCUCUGCGGCGAUUCCUGAGUCUGCGCGGAAGGACAUGCGCGCCAAGUUCGUCACCAACACGGAGACCCAGGAUGCCUCGAUGUCCAUCUUGUUCGGCCACAUCACUGAGUGGGGGCCGCAGGCUGCGCGAUUCUUGUCCCAGGAGUCGGAGUGCAGCGCCGUGGCUUUCUGCGAGACACACAAGGGUAAGCCGGACAUGCCUGACAUCUGCGCAGGUUUGGACACGGACGGCUGGAGGCUUGCUCACACUGCGGCUCACCCGUCGGGCAAGUCGGAGAGCGGGCUUUCUUGUGGAGAGUGGAUUCUGACGAAGAAGCAUAUUGCAGCGACGAGCUUUGAGAGUGCACGUCGCGCUUCUCUGGAUGCUGGCAGGUUGCCGCCGAUUGUGUUGCGCGCCAAGGCUGGCAACUUUGUGCUGAUCUCUGCGUACCUUCAGCCAGGACUGGGAGUGAAAGGUUGGAAUAGCGACGUGCAUGUGGCGUUGGACGCCUUUGUGCGCUCUCUGGCUGGCCCGCGCCUGAUCUUGGCGGACUGGGAUAUCGAGCCCGCCCCAUUUGCUGCCGCCGGUUUUCCCGAGCGCCUCGGCACUCGGAUCGUCGCUCCCUCGUGCAGUGCGACGUGCGACAGAGGCAUUGGACGCACGUAUGUCUAUGGCCUUGUCGGACGAGGUUUUCCUGAUCUGAGCUUGAGCCCUGAAGUGUCGGUGCCUUGGAAGACGCACUGCGGGGUCAACGUCUGCGUGAAGGCGGCUCGCGCGCAGUGCUGGUACCGUCACCUCGUCUUGCCGCAGCCGCUUCCGACUG